AAAACUUCGAUCAAGCUUGGAAUUCGAGUGCAUCAUAUUAACGGUCAACGCAAAAAUUCGUUUAACCAAUUAAAGAUAUUAAUCAAACUUCAAUUUCAUUUGAACAAUGACAUCGUGUAUGUGGCGUAACAUAGCGCAACUCAACUUGGCACUUAUUUGUUUAAUGAGUGUGUUUGUUAAACUAACAAUUUAAAAGUUAUUAUUAAAAGCUGGUCGGCUUGUUCCUGCAUUCAGUGAUUCAGUACUCUCGCGAUCAUUGCCAUUGCCAAUUCAUUCCUGCUGCAUCUCAGUUGUUAUUUAAAACAGUCGUGAGUUGUAGAUAUUUUUGUGGAUAAUAAAUAUGUAACCGUGUUAGUGCAGUGAGUUUUGAUAUGAACUUGAUAAGUUUCCUUACUUUUAAUACAGAAUAUUUAACUGCAGCUAUCUGUACCCUUGUAUUUUAAAAUAUGGCAAACUUAACAGAAUUAACCACCCUCCCGACAACUGUAACUGAAUUACCAAAAUUAACUAGCAACUCCUCACAAAAUGCAACUAUUGAAGAAGAAGCUUAUGCAGCGUUGAGUUCAUUUUGUGGAUCUCCUUUUUGGGACACAAACCUAACAUGGAACACAAACGACCCAGAGUUCACACCGUGUUUCGAGAAAACUGUACUAGUAUGGAUACCGUGUAUUUUUCUAUGGGUCUUCGCCGGCCUAGAAGUAUUUUACAUAUUCAACAGCAAACGACGCAAUAUACCAUGGAACUGGUUAAAUUUAUCAAAAUUAGCAAUAACAGCCACUCUAAUAGUUUUAACAAUUAGUGAUAUAGUAAACUCAUUCAAAACGGCAGGUAACAGAGGCAGCGAAGUGAAUGAUGUGGAUAUUUACUCGCCGUUGAUCAAAAUACUAACAUUUGCCCUUACCGGAGUUUUUAUUUUCUACAAUAGAAAGCACGGUCUACAAACGUCCGGACUGUUAUUCUUGUUCUGGUUCUUCGUCGUCCUUUGUGCCAUUCCUCAGUUCAGGACCGAAAUCAGAAGAAGCCAAAGGAACGAGAUAUUGCCCGAUUAUUACUAUUUUUACACCAGCUACCUGAUAUAUUUUCCUCUGGUCGUGUUGAUGUUUCUUCUUAACUGUUUCGCGGACAAGGCACCUUUGGAAAGAAAGUAUCCACAAUCACAGAAUCCGUCACCAGAAGAGAGUGCCAGCUUCUUAUCACGUCUACUCUUCGCAUGGUUCGACCCGCUGGCUUGGAAAGGUUUCAGAAAACCUUUAGAAACCAAAGACCUGUGGGAUAUCAAUGUCGAAGAUAGUUCGAGGGAGUUGGUACCCGUUUUUGAAAAAUAUUGGAGUCAAACUUUAAAAAAAGCCGAAAGCACCUCCCCCACACAAGUUGCCCAUGCCAAAUUUAAAUCAGAUUCGGCCAGCGUCGAUUUCGUUAAUAACAAGAAGAAGAAACAAGCCUCCAUCUUACCGGCACUGUUCAAAUGUUUCGGACCUAUCUAUUUCUUUGGAGCGCUGUUGAAGUUGAUACAAGAUCUGCUCACUUUUGUGAGCCCCCAGAUUUUAGGUUUCCUUAUUUCCUACACUCGAUUCAACCAAGAAAUGUGGAAGGGUUACCUCUACGCUGUUCUACUUUUCAUCACAGCCACCAUUCAAACCCUUUUCCUAGCUCAGUACUUCAACAGGAUGUUUGUGGUUGGAAUGAGGAUCCGUACUGUCUUGGUAUCAACGAUUUACAGAAAAGCAUUGAAGAUAUCAAACAGUGCCCGAAAAGAAAGCACAGUAGGAGAAAUCGUUAAUCUGAUGGCUGUUGAUGCUCAAAAAUUCAUGGAUCUAAUUGGUUACCUCAACAUGAUUUGGUCUGCACCACUACAGAUCUGCCUGUCCUUAUAUUUCCUCUGGAAGGAACUAGGACCUUCUGUACUCGCCGGACUUGCUGUGAUGAUAAUACUGAUUCCCGUCAAUGGAUUCAUUGCUAACAAGAUCAAAAAACUACAAGUGAAACAGAUGAAGAACAAGGAUGAACGUGUCAAGCUGAUGAACGAAAUUUUGAACGGGAUUAAAGUUUUGAAGCUGUACGCUUGGGAACACAGUUUUGAGGAUCAAGUAUUGAAAAUCAGAAAUAAAGAAAUUAAAGUGUUGAAACAAGCUGCUUAUUUGAAUGCUGGUACGUCGUUCAUCUGGUCUUGUGCUCCAUUCCUGGUAACUUUCGUUACUUUCGCAACAUACAUCUACAGUGACCCAGUACACAACGUUUUGACAGCUGAAAAAAUUUUCAAAGCCAUGGCGUUGUUUAGCAUUAUCGGAAUGCCACUGGCCCUUCUACCUAUGCUGUUGGUUUACACUGUGGAGACUUGGGUGUCAGUUAAAAGAAUAAACAAAUUCAUGAAUGCUGAAGAACUUGAUCCUGAUAAUGUUCUGCACGAACCCUCUGAAGAGCCACUUACGAUCGAAAACGGCACAUUCUCCUGGGGCGAAGGACCAAUCUUGAAGGACAUCAACAUUAACAUCAAGAAAAAAACUCUAACGGCCAUCGUCGGAACAGUCGGUUCAGGAAAAUCCAGUUUGAUCUCAGCGUUCCUAGGAGAAAUGGACAAACUCUCAGGCCGUGUGAACUCAUAUGGAAAAGUCGCUUACGUCUCCCAGCAAGCUUGGAUCCAGAACGCCACCCUUCGAGAUAACAUCCUCUUCGGAAAACCCUACGACAAAACGCUGUAUGACGCAGUGGUGGAAGCUUGUGCCCUGAAUCCAGAUCUGGAGAUGUUGCCGGCUGGUGAUCAGACGGAAAUCGGCGAAAAAGGUAUCAAUUUAUCUGGAGGUCAAAAACAACGUGUUAGCGUCGCCAGAGCAGUCUACUCGAAUGCUGAUAUAUACUUUUUGGAUGAUCCGUUGAGUGCUGUAGAUAGUCACGUUGGAAAACACAUAUUCGAAAAGGUGAUCGGUCCCCAUGGAUUGCUAAAAAGCAAAACCAAAAUCCUCGUCACACACGGAAUCACGUAUUUGCCACAAACUGAAAAAAUCAUCGUUCUGAAAGACGGUAGAAUUUCCGAGACGGGAACAUAUCAGGAACUCCUGGAUAGAAAAGGAGCAUUCGCCGAAUUCCUUCUCCAACAUAUUACAGAAGAAGCCGAAACCGAAGCAGGUUCUAAAGUAAAAUCUAACGAACUCGAUGAACUCAAAGACCAACUCGCCGACACACCAUUAUCUCAAGAAGUAGCAAGACAACUAGUCAGGCACAGGUCUCGCGUCUCAGAAUCUCAAUCAGAAACAGGCUCCGACCACAUCGGCAACGGAUCUAUCCAACGCCUCAACAGCGUGGACAAAAGCAACCACAAACUAUCCAUAGAUGACGGUAAGAAAGGUCCAAAGAAAGGCGAGAAGCUAAUAGAAACCGAGAAAGCAGAAACGGGCAACGUCAGCUGGGCCGUCUACAAGCAUUACUUGAAGUCUAUCGGAUUGGUGUUUAUGUUGGCCACCUUGAUUUUUAAUUUAGUGUACCAAGGUUUCAGUGUCGGCUCCAACGUUUGGUUGGGGCUUUGGUCAGAUGAUCAAAAGAUCGUCGUCAACGAUACCGUUGACACUGCAAGACGAGAUAUGUAUCUCGGGGUGUAUGGUGCUCUAGGUCUUGGACAAGUUGUAACGAUAUUGUUUGCCUCGUUGGCGCUGUACGUGGGAUCUUUAAACUCAGCAAGAGCUUUGCAUAACUUGAUACUCGGUAACGUACUAAAAGCUCCAUGUACUACAUUCUUCGACGUGACUCCUUUGGGAAGGAUUCUGAAUAGAUUCAGCAAAGAUAUUGACACGUUGGACAACGUGUUGCCCAUGACAAUGAGAGGCUGGAUCACUUGUUUCUAUUCGGUCGUAGGUACUCUAGCUGUAAUCAGCUAUUCCACACCAGUGUUUAUUUUAGUGAUAAUCCCCUUAUGUUUCAUUUACUACUUCAUGCAAAGGUUCUACGUGGCUACCUCUAGACAAGUAAAGAGGUUAGAAUCUGUGUCACGUUCCCCGAUUUAUUCGCACUUUGGAGAAAGUGUCUCUGGAGCACAUGCUAUCAGAGCGUACAAUCAACAGGAAAGAUUUAUUGUGGAAUCGGAAAACAAAGUGGAUAUGAAUCAAAUAUGUUAUUAUCCCGGAAUUAUAUCGAAUAGAUGGUUGGCAGUCAGGCUCGAAAUGAUUGGAAACUUAAUUAUAUUUUUCGCUGCUCUGUUCGCUGUUCUCAAGAAAGAUCAGGCGCCAGGAUUGGUCGGUCUUUCUGUGACCUAUUCGCUACAGAUUACACAAACACUCAACUGGCUGGUCAGAAUGACGUCUGAUGUGGAAACCAACAUCGUUGCCGUCGAAAGAAUUAAAGAGUACGGAGAAGCCCCGCAGGAAGCCGCUUGGGAAAUCCCUAGCAAGCAGACGUCCCCAGCCUGGCCGGAAGAAGGUACAGUCCAAUUCAAAAACUAUUCGGUCAGAUAUAGACCCGGUUUGGAUCUCGUGUUGCACGAUCUGGACUUCGAAAUCAAGGGUGGAGAGAAGGUUGGUAUUGUAGGAAGAACUGGAGCAGGAAAAUCGAGUCUAACGUUGGCUUUAUUCAGAAUAAUCGAAGCUGCGCAAGGAAACAUCCUAAUCGAUGGAAUCCGCAUCGACGAACUUGGUUUACACACUCUUCGUUCUAGACUUACUAUUAUCCCUCAAGAUGCCGUACUGUUUUCUGGAACCCUACGUAUCAAUUUGGACCCAUUCAACAAACACAGCGAUGAAGACGUAUGGAGGUCCUUGGAACAUGCGCAUCUUAAAGAAUUCGUGAAAGGACUACCAGCUGGCCUUAAUCACGAAGUCACCGAAGGCGGUGAAAAUCUGUCAGUCGGCCAAAGACAGCUAAUCUGCCUCGCCAGAGCUCUACUCCGAAAAACGAAAAUUCUCAUCUUGGACGAAGCCACAGCAGCAGUAGAUUUAGAAACGGACGAUCUCAUUCAAAAGACAAUCAGAACGGAGUUCAAAGAAUGCACAGUACUUACCAUCGCACAUAGAUUAAACACGAUCAUGGACUCAGACAGAGUCAUCGUGCUAGAUAAAGGCAGGAUAGCAGAAUUCGACAGCCCUGCGCGACUGCUAGCCAAUGAGAAUUCAAUAUUUGCCAGUAUGUCGAGAGACGCCGGUUUAGCUUAAAAGCAAAUUUUCCAAAAAAGCAAUAGAACGUCUUAACUUAUCAAUUAAGUUGCCAAUGUUGACUAAUCGUGCUAGUUUUUUAAUUAAUCGUAGUCUAGGGUCACUUUAAUUGGCUAAAAUGACAGGUGGCAGAUCACUAAACGUCAUCUGUUACCUGUAGUCAGCCAUUUGUCAUCUGUCAUCGGUCAUUUGCCGUCGGUCAUUUCUCAUCAGUCAUUUGUCAUCGAUCAUCUGGCAUUGUCAAGUUUAAAUUAUCUGCAUUUAAAAGGUAAGUGUCACAAUCUUUCUACUGGCCCAAUAACAUAGUUACUGACAGUAUCAAAAGUAAGAUUAAUUUUUGUCGCCACUUUGAGUUACAGUGGAUGAGCAUCUUAUCUAAAUGGUCUUAACUAAUUACACAUAGAAGAUAACAGGGGUCUCAGAGACCUACAUGUCAAAAUUAUGGCAUGUAUUUUCAAAACUGACAUUUACCAGUAUUUUUACAGAAAAAUAUAGAUUCUCUGAAGGUCGUCAAAAUCAAGAAAAUGAACUAAAUAUUUCUAAAGGCGUAGGAAGUAACGUGGACCUAAGGAAAUCAAAAAAGCUCUUUCGUGAAACUGAAUUUUUACGAAUUUUUACUUUUAUGGCAGCUAAAUCCUGUUUUACACUUACAUUUUUUAUACAUAUUUCAGUAUAAGUAGCGCAGACUCUAACACCGGUCCCUCAGACCAAAAAACACUGAUAACUCAAAACGCGUAAAUGCUCUAUCGCUGUAUAUGUGAUACGGAUAUCUUUUGGCCUUAAAGGUACUAAAGAGAUCAACGGUCUCACCGACCGGGUGUUAGCUAUGGAAGGUUAAGACAGUCCCAAAAAAUUUAUAUUUUAUCAUUCGACUCUAAGAAUUUGAUCACUCAUUGCUGUACGAUAACUUGUACAUAUGUGAGAGUAUGGAUAUACUUUCAGAGGGUGUGGACUGUAGUUAGGAUUGUUAGUUUCAGGUGGAAAUAUAAAAUAUAGGGUUUUAUACAGACAAUAUUCAUAUGUAUUAUAAAGUCUUACCAAGUUGUGAACCUUGUCCGGAACACUGAAGACGGUCACAUACCACAAACCAUACAUACUCAUAGACGUUUCACGACCAUGUUAAUCUUUCGGAUCGAAUUAACGCCAUCUCUUGAUUGGAAUGGGAACUAAAUUGACAAAUUUUAGUUACGUGAGAAUUUCAAAUUAUAAAUUUUGCGGGAUUUUUGAUGAAAUUUCGCAGGAAAUUAAAACAACAGAAAGACAAUUCAAUGUUUUAUUCCAUAUUUUACUGAAAAUUUCAAAUAUUCCAAUUUGUUUUCAAAAUGCUAAACUGCUAUAUGUCACGUGAAAGCACUGAUGUGUAUCGAGUUGAAUGAAAAUUUUUGAAAGAAUCUUGUAGGAUGAUUGUUUAGAUAAAUAUUACCUUAUAAUCUUUUACAAACUUCCAAAAAUAUAUAGGUCCGAAAUGUUGAUGACACACUUGUGUCUAUUGGAAUAAACUGUUUCAGGAUCUAUUAUAUUGUUUUUUUAAUGUGGAGAAACACAACACGGGAUGAUCAAUGUAAACUAAAAAUUCUACUCAUAAAAACGGAGAGGAGGUUAAUACACUUGAUGAAAAUUGUGAUUAAAUCGAAUUAAAAACGUAACACCACUAUAAUAAAAUAAUUAAGCCACAAACUAUAAAAUAAAAAGUAAAUAACAAAUUAAUUUAAUUGUCAACUGUCAGUUGUUAAAUAUGACAAGAGAAUUGACUGACAGCGACAUCUCUGGAUUGGAAUGGUAACUAAUUUGCUGUCUUGACCUUGACAAUUUACGUGAAACGUCUAUGAGUAUGUAUGGUUUGUGUCACAUACGAGAUGACUGUUUCCGUACCACGUGCCUCGCGUUUUGAGUGUUGCGAAAUCGCGUAUGGCGUCACUCCCGAAUUACUGUUCGUGCACGUAUUGCUAAUAUUCGUUUCAGCCCAAAAGAAAGGCUGGACCGUCAAGAGAUGAGCGGUACCGACUUGAUACGUCGAAAGAUCGUGGCGAAGAGAUUGCACCCUCACAUUUUAUCACACUCGCCUAACAUUUUAUCAAAUAUCAUAUAAAAAUUUUAUCAAGUUGCACAUUUUAGAAAUUUUGAUUUUGGCUGGUUCCAACUCGUUGAUCAUUCUCUGUAAAUACUUAUAUGCGCUGUUGCCACGUAUAAAAAAAUUCAUUAAACUCUCAUAAAAAAAAUUAAAUUUUGUUUUGAUAUAUUUUUAUCAAAUUGUUCAUUACUUAUUAGAAAGAAAUUUUGAUUUAGAAAAUAAUGUGUGGCAGUUAAAGUGAUCAUAAACUACUUUAUGGCCAAACCCAGUGAUAUAUCGCCAAACUAUCUAGCUAUUUGUAAAAAAUGUUUUAUAUUUGUGUUGGACGUUUUUAUAAAUAGUAUACAUACAUAAAUAAUGAAUAAUCAUCAUUUGACUCAUAUACAAUAAAAAAACUAGCGCGAUUUUUUUAUUACACAAUUUACUAUCAGGAAAAAUUGUACAAAAAAUCCCGAUAGAUGUUCAUUGUGUAUCGAAGAACAUUUUUGGUAAUGUUCUAUAGUUUUUUUUUAUAUUUUAUAGACUUACUAUUUUUUACAAUUAAAUUUAAGCCUUGAAAGAAUCAAGAAACAACUUAAUGUGAUGUUACGAAUUAUUUCUAUAGAAUAUGUAAUGGUAAGUUACUUAAUUGUAAAAAAAAUACUUAAUUACAUUUGUUUUCAAGAUCAUGAUUAUUAAUUUGUGCUAUGAGCUUUUUGAAGUUUAUACGAGGUUGUCAUAAGUUUUUACGAGGUUUUUUAAUCCCUGAAGAUGUAUAGGUACGUCGUUGAUUGUUAAUCCGAUAAAAUGUCUUAUUAUCUAUACACUCCUGGUAAAAAAAUCCAAAAUCGCUAAAAAAGUAAUUAUAGGAAAAAUAAGUAACCCAAAGGAAAGUAAAAGUAACGCAAAAAAAUUAACAUUGCUCGAAGAAUUAAACAAAAGAAACAAUAAAAUUUUAAUUGUCCACAGCUGGCUGUUUCUAGGUUUUCAAUUCAAGGAUUUCAAUAAGUUGCUGAAUCUGUUCUUGCAGUAUCUGUUCCUAUUAUUUGUUCAACGCAAUUUUCAGCUCUUGAAUCGCUUCUAGCAAUGGUUGCCUCUUUUUAAUCUUUUCCCCUAAAAUGUCCCAUAAAUGUUCUAAUGGAUUCAUGUCAGGACUACAAGCGGGCUAAUCCAAGACGGGGAUUCCGACAGUAUUUAGGUAGUCCAUGACGAUUCGCGCAGUAUUUGGACGCACAUUAUCCUGCAUUAAUAAGAAAUUAUCCCCAACGAAAGGGGCGUAGGGGCAACAUUGUCCUCCAGAUACUGUCGUAUGUAUCUGUUAGAGUUCCAUGUUCAAUUUUUUUGAAGUUAUACUUCUUGAGGCGCGAUUGGGAGUGAAUUUUUGUUAUUCUGCGCGCAUGCGCACACAGACAGUAUGGAGUUCGUUGCUAAAUGUUUUAAGUUAUGUAUGUAUUAGUCCAAAAAAGGUGUGGAAAGAAUAUAUUAGUGUUUUUAGUAAAUAUAUUUAUUAUCAUUUUUGAAUCUUUGGAUUUCUCUACCUCGGGAAUAAGAUAAUAAGUAAUAUUUAAAGUAUUUUUAUACUUCACUUGGUCUAUUUGACAAUAUCUCUAAGAAAUCUUGUAGUCCGCACCCGCACAAACAAAAGGAGUAUAGCUCAGUGGUAGAGCGUUCGACUGGAGAUCAAGAGGUCCCCGGUUCGAAUCCGGGUGUUUUCUAUUUUUUUUUUUUUUUAUUUUUGGUAUUGUUUUAAUAAAAAUUUUUGGAAACUACUAAGUAAAAAUUAGUUUAAUCUUUAAAUAAAAUAUAAAUAAACUGUUCGAAAGUAUAUUUAUUUCGUUGAAAUCAUAUAAUAGAAGUAUAACUUCUUACGUGCGUACAAAGUACACACACAUUCUUUUUUUAUUUAUUUAUUCAUUGCUAAUUUACAGUCUACUUCAAUAAAGUAAUAAGUAAAUAUGAUAUAGGUUCUUGGCUUGUGGCAGGUGUCGUCCAUUGACGACUCUCUGUGAUUUACCUAGCAGCUAGGUCUUCUGGCCGAAGUCUUUUUAGGAGUCUGUCAAUCAGUGGAGGGUUGAAUAAUUCGUCUAUGAGAUGGUUUGGAUGGUCUGCGCUGCGAUUCAUGUAUCUUCUGGAGUGGUCAGCAAUCACAUCAUUGAUGAAAGGAAUGUUUAGGUCUGCAUGAAGGGUUUGGUUUGACACGUACCGUGGGGCUUUAGCUAAGAUACGAAUAGUCUUUAACUGGAAUGCACUCCAUGGUCAAUGAAAAUUAAUUAAUCGAAAGAAAUACCCGCCCGUACCAUAACACCUCAGCCACCAAACAGGUUUCUGGGUAAAAUACAGCAAGGUGCUAAUCGUUCUCAGGUUCUCCUCUAUACACGUUCGCGUCCGUCUGGAGAUCGUAAGUAAAAAUGGAACUAAGUAAGUUAUCAAUCGAAAUAGCACAGAAAACGACAAUAAAUAUCGUUCCCAUACCACCAGAUUGACAACAGGUGGAUUACUUUUUUUGGUUACAACCUCCCGAGAUUUUAAAAAUUAUAAAUCGUACAGGAUGUCGAGGAAAUUAAGAUGAGAGAAUUUUAAAUAAUUCACAACCCAUCUGCUCAGCGUGGUAAAAGUUCCAACAAGAAAGAUUCCUUAGUAUGUACUCAACAAAAGAGUAAAUGAAUUAAAAUGUAUAAACAUUUUCAAUUUCUUUGCAACACGAAAAUGCAGCAGCUGUAUAAUACUCUGGUUAAAUCGAAGAGUGCAGGAAGAAUCUAUACUGGUUUCGGAGGUUUUUCCUCCUCAUCAGUAGUCCCAUAUCCUCUUCUCUCCGAUUUUAUACAUUUUUCCUACUUUCGUCGUCUCUUGUGAUUAUAUAUUGUAAAAUCCGGAGAUACGGGAUGCAGUCAGAAAGCCGUUUAUUAACGAAAAGUCUUAGAUUUAAAAUAUUGUUUAUUAUAUUUUUAUUUCAAUUAUUCUAAUUGUUUAAAAGGUAGUAAACUUUGCAUCUGGGGCUUUUCGUUGUUUUCCUCGUAAUACGAGAGAUGUCGCUAAAUUGCGUCUCAGAGGUGGGUUCAUUGCAUUGCGAUGGUUUGCCUUAAAUUGGCAGAAUUGUUUGUAUUUCCUUCAGAGUUGAGACUUCUGAGCUUCACUGAUGAGGUAUAAGGAUGCUGAAAUAGCUAUAUGGAGAUGGUGGUCCAACUCUGAAUCAAAUAUAAACAAAACCUGCCUUGAUCUUUUUUAUCUUUUUCAUUUUUACUCAGUUUGAGUAUUUAGAAACUGUUUCGGUCCUUUUCCUUGACGAAGGGAAGGUAAAUGCGUGGCCUAAGCGUCCUCUAUUUGCUUUCUCCUACUUUCGUCGUCUCUUGUGAUUAUAUAUUGUAAAAUCCGGAGAUACGGGAUGCAGCCAGAAAGCAGUUUAUUAACGAAAAGUCUUAGAUUUAAAAUAUUGUUUAUUAUAUUUUUAUUUCAAUUAUUCGUUUAAAAGGUAGUAAACUUUGCAUCUGGGGCUUUUCGUUGUUUUCCUCGUAAUACGAGAGAUGUCGCUAAAUUGCGUCUCAGGGCCUAGAUUCCGUGCACUGUAGAUAUCUACACGUCGCUUUCUAUCGAUAUUUGAAUAUCAAAAUAUUUGAAUUUUUAGCUUUAAUUGAAUUAUUUUCUAGUUUUGCUAGGUUAUACUCUAAUUGAUAAACUAGAGCAAAACUAGAAAAUAAUUCAAUUAAAACUAAAAAUUCAUAUAUUUUGAUAUUUAAAUAUCGAUAGAAAGCGACAUGUAGAUAUAUACAGUGCACGGAAUCUAGCUGCAGAGGUGGGUUCAUUGCAUUGCGAUGGUUUGCCUUAAAUUGGCAGAAUUGUUUGUAUUUCCUUCAGAGUUGAGACUUCUGAGCUUCACUGAUGAGGCAUAAGGAUGCUGAAAUAGGUAUAUGGAGAUGGUGGUCCAACUCUGAAUCAAAUAUAAACAAAACCUGCCUUGAUCUUUUUUAUCUUUAUACAUUUUAAUUCAUUUACUCUUUUGUUGAGUACUAAGGAAUCUUUCUUGUUGGAACUUUUACUGAGCAGAUGGGUUGUGAAUUAUUUAAAAUUCUCUCAUCUUAAUUUCCUCGACAUCCUGUAUGAUUUAUAAUUUUUGAAAAUGUCGGGAGGUUGUAACCAAAGAAAGUAUUCCACCUGUUGUCAAUCUGGUGGUAUGGGAACGAUAUUUAUUGUCGUUUUCUGUGCUACUUCGAUUGAUAACUUAUUUUGUUUUUCGGUAGAUGGCUCUAGUACAUCCGUGACAUUUCGUUCUUUGCAAUUCGGAAAGGUCCAAAGUGUGAUGCCUGGGGAAAUCGUAGAGAAGAGGAUAUGGGACUACUGAUGAGGAGGAAAAAACCUCCGACACCGGUAUAGACUCUUCCUGCACUCUCAGAUUUAACCAGAGUAUUAUGCGGCUGCUGCAUUUUCGUGUUGCAAAGAAAUUGAAAAUAUUUAUACAUUUUAAAAAUGGAAUUUAAAGGAAACAUUACAACACUCCAUUCUGAACAGUACAGUCUCUGUGAUCAUUCGUAAAUCUCAUCCAGUUAGCUCGAUGAGCUGUUGUUAAUUUAGGUCAUGCUACUGGCUUAUGAGAACGUAAACCACUUUCAUGUAGGACUCUUCUUACAGUUCGUGAAGAAAUAUAAAUUCCUCGAGCUUGUAACGGACGAAGAACUUCAUGGUUGAAGAACUUGUGAGAUUGGUAUGGUGUUGAUGAUACAAGCAUGCUAUUUAGGGUGGCAGUGAAUAAAAUUAAGAUAGCUAUGAUGGUAACCAACGAUCUGAAAGGACAUGGUACAUGAAGAAGAAGAAGAGGAACUUCUAACACAUGACUAGCCGAGAACAGUUGACGUUAAAGAGCGGUUCCGUAAUGUGGAAAUCCUUGAAAAUACGUUCAUCACGCUGAUCUCUGCACCUUUUUCUGCCUGAGGUCUUCUAGGGUUCUUAGCGCUACUAGUAGCGCCAUCAAGUGGCCUUUCGUAAAAGCUUGUGACAGCUCUCGUAUAUCUAAGACAAACUUAAAAGUAAUCUUAACAUACUUAAGUACUUUUUCGUACUUAAUAUUUUUAUUUUGUACUUAUUAUACAUGGUGAGAAAAAAUAUUUAGUCUGUACAUUGAUUCGUUUUGUAUUGUUUGGCAUCUUGAAAAUGAAUUUACAAUAUUUGUAAAAUAUUUGCAAACAUCAUCAGUAUUCUUGCCAAUUUGUUUGUAAAUAGAAGAUGUUUUCACUUUAUAAUUGUAAAGAAUUAAACUACUUUUUAUACACUAUAAGAGUUGUCGUUUGUUUAAUAAACUUUUAAAUCAG